CCGUCCGAUCCCUCCCAAUCAUGUAAUCGUAACCCUACGGCCUCAGGCGAUCGAGUCUCAAGCACACACGCUGGACGCCGGUCGAGACACGCCGGGAAGAGGGCCGGAUGGCGGCAACUCCGUAUAAAGCGUCCAGCACCACAGCCCGUCUCUAGCCCUCAUACUCCGCUGUGCAUACACCUCGUACUCACGUUCACAUCAUGUCCGCCUCCGACGUCCCCAUGCGCCAGCGCAUAGAGGAGUACAUCUCGAAGCUCCAGGAUGACAUCGUCGGCGCGUUCGAGAAGCUCGACCCCGACGCCCCGCCGUUUAAGCGCGACUCCUGGCUCAGGCCCCAGGGCGGCCGCGGCCUCUCGUCGGUGUUCCAAGUCCCUCCCCCACCCCCUGGAGCGGAGGCGGUACCCAAGGAGACGGUGCUGGAGAAGGCGGGGGUGAACAUCUCCGUCGUGCACGGUAUGCUCCCUCCCCCUGCGAUAAAGCAGAUGCGCGCGGAUCACUCCUCCAUCCCCGACGUCCAGUCUGCCGUGCCCUUCUUUGCAGCAGGGCUAUCCCUCGUCAUCCAUCCGCGCAACCCGCACGCCCCUACCGUACACGCCAACUACCGCUACUUCGAGAUCACCGAGGAGCCGACCGAGGAGGAGGCCGCGCAAGGCAAGCCCGGAAAGCUCAUCGCGUGGUGGUUCGGGGGCGGUUCCGACUUGACCCCGUCGUACCUGUACGAGGAGGACGCGGAGCAUUUUCACAGGACGAUCCGGGCCGCGUGCGACGCGCACGGGGCGGACCUCUACCCCGCGUUCAAGAAGUGGUGCGACGAGUACUUCUACAUCCCCCACCGCGGCGAGUCGCGCGGGAUCGGCGGAAUCUUCUUUGACGACCUCUGCGACGAGCCGCACAAGCGGUUUGCCAGCGACGACGCGGCGCGGCCGAAGACUGCAGAGGAGAUCUUCGCGUUCGUGCGGGCGGCGGGCGACGCGUUCGUGCCGUCGUACAUUCCGAUCCUGGAGCGGCGGUACAAGACGCCGAGCACGGAGCACGAGAGGAGGUGGCAGCUGGUUCGCCGCGGGCGGUACGUCGAGUUCAACCUGGUGUAUGACCGGGGCACGAAGUUCGGGUUGAUGACGCCCGGGGCGCGGAUCGAGAGUAUCCUGAUGAGCCUGCCGGAGACUGCGCGGUGGGAGUACAUGAGCGAGCUAGGGACGGAGGCGGAGAGCAGGGAGGAGAAGCUGGUUGAGGUGCUGAAGAAUCCGAGGGAAUGGGCGUAGGGUGGGGCAACAAGGCAUAAAAGAAAAGUCGUGUUGUGUUCUUAUGUCGGAGUGUUUGUAUACUAUAGUGCUCAAAACAUCUCUAGGCGCGCAUAUAGCCACCCUGCUCUCUCCCCGUUUGUGCCGCCCCCUUGUGGGUGGCCGGAGCGCCUCAUACGAUAAAAGUGUCUCCAACUGUGCUGUCUUCGCAAAUAUGCAUUCACAACCGGAGAUACACACCCGCCGCCGUUACCAUGCAGGGAAUAUAGAAGGAUAUAAACUUGAUGCAGGAGGGAGCUCCCUAUACACCGCGAUGCAGAACCACUCCAUCCAAAGGAAAGUCUUCGCUAGGGCUCUAGCAGCGGCGCACACGGAUAAGCCAUUCCAUCGCCACAGAAUACACCGCCAACGAUGGCCCUCCUACUUUCACCGUCGUCGUGUUCCGAUUGUGCACCAGUUUCGCAUGUUUUGUAUGAAACAACAACUUCGCGCCGUCGCUGGUACGAGUACGAGAUACCAUCCCGUCCCUCCGCCACCUGCGCAAACACCUCUGGAUCCUCUCCACGACGGCGACAUCUCCGUUCACGGCGACACGGCACCGUCGCCAUCGCUCCUCGCCACUAACGCUUCGGUGGUGCCUGUUUCAAGCUCCCAGUGUUCUUCGAGGUAUGGCAGCCUUUCUAUGGAGGAGACGCCAUCCGAGUAUGGCGAAUACCCCGAGUAUUUCCAGCGACAAGACUCACCAGUGUCCAUCAAAAGCUUGUUGGAUUACGACGGUUUCUCGGACACCUGCGGUGACCUCGGCGAUACCACCGAGAUACUCGUCGACGGCGACUGUGUUCCCGAGCUCCUUGCUCGUUACGAGUCUGACUCUGCUAUUGUAGACUACGCCGGGUUUCUUACAGAGUCUGAAGACGACGAUGGCGAAGGCGCCCUUUGUCGGAUGACUCCCCUUCGGGAUGAAGAUACCACCCUUGCUGGCGAGUUCGAGUCCGAAGACACUAACGCCGCGUCGUCUCACGCUGACGCAUCGAACCCUCCUGCUGGCCCUAAUGCAUCCAACGUGGGGCGCGAGUCUUCAGAGCCGUCGUCAGCUCUGGGCUCGACGCAUAAGGACGCCGGCGAGCAGCCUAUAGUGCACGCAUCGCUGGAAUGCUCGUCCGAUCGGAACCCGACAGCGCAGCAGGCACGCACUACAAUCAGCUUUACCCUCGACGUCUCGUCCAAAGAGUCCGCCCUUCGAACCUCAGAUAUCGGCAAUGUCGCGUUACUGAACGAGUUCCUCCUGCAAGGCGGCCCCAUCACCGACCUCACGCUGUCCCUUAAGUGUCCAUGUGAAGCAGAUAUGGUCGGGAGACGGCGGGAGAUAACGAGGAUCAUCUCUGGGCUAGGCAGUGCUCUAAGCGAGAGUUUGCGCCGGCUGGACGUGACAGUACCCUCGUUGGAGCUCACUAUGCCGUAUUACCCGGAGAUCCUUGGGACCAUCGUGGAACAAUUUCCGAUGUUGGAGCACGUUGUUAUAGCGGAUUCGCGGUGUGAAUGCAGUCAUUGUUCUCUUCCCUUCAAGAGUGCAGCCGGGUUCAAACAGCUGCUGGUUUACGUCCUCGAGGCUGAGAUGCAGCAGCCCCAAGUUGCAGUCACAUAUACCCCGCCGACACAGCUGAAAUCGGUGAAGCUCACCAGGAGGUCUAUGCAUUCUUUUGGCAAAGAUUUUGCGGGUUACAUCGGCAACAAUGGUUCUCGCCUUGACGAGCUUUUGCUUGGUACCUUGGAAGUAACUCGUGGAAUAUCUCCUCGGGAAGCUACUGCGCGUGCCCAGAGAGAGUCGGAAUUCUACAUCAAGAGCUUACGAUCGCGGAUACCCUCCGCCUCAUGCUUCACGGUCAUCACGGACGAGUUGCACGUAACGUACACCUGCCCACCUCCCGAACUUGACGAUUCCUCCGCAUCUUCAUAUGCGCCAGACGAUCGCUGGGAAUCAGAGGGAGUAGGAGAGCCCUGAAUCUGCAUCUCGGGCAGUGGUGUCUCCAUCAUCCUCUGACCAGCGUCGCUGUGUUCUGAGCGACUCGGAGCUCAGCUACCGGAAUCAUGAAUUGGGAAGCUGGCGGGGAGGCUAUGAUUGAGGAUGAUGCUUUGGAGGUAGAAGAAGUGGAUGAGUCGCCCUAAUCCGCCGAAUCUUCAAUCACCGUGCCUGUGACUCGCAAAGGAAGGGAUUCUUCGGUGUACAUCGCAUGUAAUGGGGAUAUGGAUGUUUGCAACUAUGUAUUGACCGC